AUGGGAGAUCCCAACACUGUAAUUAUCCAGUUACUCCAGACAAUGCAGCAGCAGAUGCAACAACAAAGUGAACAAAAUGCACAGAUCCUCGAAGCCCUUUCAAAUCUGAACCUUCACACCAAAGAACGGGCAGAUUCAUUAACUCCGGUGACCAACCAAGACAUCUCUGAUGAAGAUGAGAUGUUAGGAGCCGUGUCGGAGACGCGACCACGAGACAACUAUCCGAGGAUUAAGGCGGGCAUUCCCGUCUUCUCAGGAUCACUACACUUCGAAGAUUUUCUCGAUUGGGUUUUUGAAGUAGAAAAAUUUUUCGAAUUGAUGAACAUCCCUGAGGAGGCUCAAGUGAGAUAUGUUGCUUUCAAACUCAAGGGUGCUGCCUUGCCUUGGUGGGAUAAUGCUCAGGCUAGUCGACAUCACCUAAGGAAGCAACCAGUCCAAAGUUGGUCUAAGAUGAAGCAAUUGAUGUGUGCACGCUUCCUACCCGUUGACUACGAGCAAACCUUGUAUUCUCAAUACCAGAAUUGUCGCCAGUUGUCGCGAUCUGUUACUGAAUAUGCGGAGGAGUUCAUGAGGUUGGCGUCUCGAAAUCAUUUGACGGAAUCUGAUGCCCAACAAGUUGCUAGGUUCAACAAUGGCCUCCAUUUUGACAUUCAAGAUGUUGUUUCCCUUCAAACUACUUGGACCCUUGAUGAAGCGGUGAGGUUGGCAUUGAAAGCAGAGCAUAUGUUCGCUAGGCAAAGCAAAAGGAACCUAUCAUAUAGGAGCAUGAAUAACUCCUCACUCCAAAGAAGCAAGCCAGAAGCUAAUGUGCAGGCAAGUUCCUCCAAGUCCAUUCCAAAGGUGGCAGAAAUGGCAAGUAGUCCAAUCCAACCAACCAAUAAUGCACAAACAACCAAGAAACCAUUUCACAAUCCUUAUGCCAGGAACUAUGGUAACAAAUGUUAUCAUUGUCAACAAACUGGACAUACAUCUAACCAAUGUAGAGCCCAGAAGUCCAUCAACAUUGCGGAAAGAGAAGAAAGAGACGAUGAUGAAUCAAGUGAAGAUGCUUGUAUCAUUGGACCUGAUGCGGCUUUAGAAGAAGAAGCAGUAUGCGAGGAAGAAGCAUACUCUUUUGUUGUCGAGAGGUUGGUGCUGUCAACUUCCAAAAGCUAUGAAGAUUCUCAAAGGCAUAAUAUUUUUUGGACUCGAUGUAAGAUACGACAAGAUGUCUUCGACGUAAUUGUUGAUAGUGGAAGCAGUGAGAACUUUAUAUCACGAGACAUCGUGAAGCAACUUCAGUUAAUCCCAAUAAAGCACCCGACGCCAUACACCAUUGGGUGGAUCAAAGCCGUUGGCGAGGUACGAGUUACCGAACAAUGUGAAGUAUCUUUUUCAAUGGGAAAAUACAAGGACAUAGCUCUCUACGACAUAAUAGACAUGGAGGCAUGUCAUAUUCUACUGGGAAGACCAUGGCAAUUUGAUCUAGACGCUGUGCACAAAGGGAAGGAGAACGUCUACACCUUUUCUAAGGAUGGGCAAAAAUUUACACGUUGUCCUUUCCCGAGUGGGAAUCGACCUAAGUCAGCUAAAGAGAAAGGGAAGAAGAUCAUGCUUUGCACUCGUGAAGACUUCUUGGUGGAGGCAAAACGUGUACCAAUUAUAUUUGUUGUUGUGAUCAAAGAAGGAGAAGCGCAACUUGCAGAAGCUCCUCCAAAGCUACAUGACCUGCUCAUGGAAUUCAAAGACACCAUGCCUGAAGAAAUUUCUGAAGGUCUCCCUCCUGGAAUGGUUGAAGAUUUGCUCAAGAAAGGUCUCAUCCGAGAAAGCAAGAGCCCAUGUGCUGUUCCGGCACUUUUGGUUCCAAAGAAGGACAAGACUUGGCGCAUGUGCAUUGAUAGUCGAGCUAUCAAUAAAAUCACUGUCAAAUACUGA